CUAUUAUUUUAAAAGACGUACGUGGAAGAGAGUAUACAAUUGGUCAAUAAAAGACUAUGGUUAUUCUCCACAUAUAACGCCAUUUACGUUCUAUGGGUUAAAAUAUAUAAAAUCUAUGUUAACCGUUAUUCUCAUACUUUAAAUGUAUAAGAAAUGGACAUCCAUUCAAAUAUUCUCACUUUACUAAAUAAUCUGGAAAAUUCACUUAUUUGCUCCUUAUGUAAUACCAAAUGUAAAAAUCCAGUGCGCAUAAAAAUUUGUGGUCAUUACUUUUGCGAGGGUUGCCUGAAUAAUUAUGAUUCCCAUAAUUGUCCUAAAUGCCAAUUAUUUUAUGAAAUUCUGGAUAUUGAUUGUAAUAACAUAGCUAGAGAAUCAAAUGAAUUGCUAUUGGAAAUACGAAAUCAUUUAGAAGCACAAAUUGAUUCUUCAAGUUUGAACAAAUGUGCUGAAAUUGAAACAGUUCCGGAUAAGAAUUCCAAAGAGUAUACAUUUUCUUACAAGGGCGAAAGGUAUCGCAUUAAUUUUAUUAGCUGUUUAGCAAGAAAAUUAAAUGCCAAAGGAGAAAGUCUUUUGCAUUUAGCUUGUAAAAGAAAGAAAGUUGAAGAUGUUCGACAAUUGGUUGAACAGAAGGUAGACAUAAAUAUUAAAGACUAUGCAGGAUGGGUACCUUUGCAUGAAGCAGUUCAAAGUCAAAAUAUUGAAAUAGUACAAAUUCUUCUACACAGUGGAUGCCUUGUAAAUGUUCCUGGUGCUGAUUAUAUAACACCUUUACAUCAGGCUGUUAGCUUGGGUAAUGUAGAUAUUAUAAAAUUAUUGCUGAGCUAUGGGGCUGACACAAAUGCAUUGGAUUGCAAUGGACUUCGUCCAACAGAUUACCCUCAACAAGAAGGUAUAAAAAUACUUCUAAAAAAUCAAAUAAUGAUGAUCAGAACAAGGAUUUAUGAGUUAUUUUUGCCAAAUAAUAUAGUACUAUAUUGCCAUAGCAUAGAUGAAGAAUAUAAAAAAAAAUUAAAGUCUUGCUGCAAUGUGACUAUUGAAGAAAAAAUUGACAUAAGGAAAAAACUGACCCAUUUUGUUAUUAAAAGAACCCAUAAAUUAUCAUUUAAAAUACUUCAAGCAAUGUUGCAUGGAUUGCAGUUUCUUGCUCAAGAUUCCAUCAUCAAUUGUAGUAAUCAGGAUUUUUUCGUUAAUAUUCCAGAAUACACAUUUAUUUUUUCCAACAAAAGUCUAAAUGAAGGAAUAAGGAAGUCUAUGAUAAGUGCUUUGUUGAAGCUCCCAAAACUAUUUGAUGGAAUCAAUUUUUUUAUUGAGGAUACCAAGUGGCCCAUAGAAAUAUAUAAUUUGAAAGUAGAUAAAGGUUCCUUAUUGAAACUUAUUAAUUGCGGAGGCGGUAAUCUUCUACAUAGACCACCUGCUCUUAGGACUUGUGGGAACACAGUUCUCCAUCCUUAUUUCGCAAGUCCUGAUUCAGGAACCUAUAGGUGCUGUAACUAUAUCAUAUACAAAGAAGGCCACGACCCAGAAUUAAUGUAUAAUAUGAGAGAAUUACAGCAUAAAUCUUCAAAAUGGCUUAUUGAUUGUAUUGUAAAUUUCACAAUCUUAGAUUAAGUUUGUGACAUGAUAAUUAUAUACAUAUGAAUUGAUUUAAUUUUUUUUUUGUGAAACCCACCAGAAAAUCCUCAAUGAUUCAUUUAUGUGAAGAUUCAAUAUGUGUUUUUCAUUAAAUGUUUGACUUUGUAUGUUUUUUUUAUUUAUUCAGUUUAAUUUUUAGAAGU